CUCUCUCUCUCUCCCUCUCACAUACUCACACACGAGCCACAUGACUGAGUCAAGCUCAGUUUUUAGUUUGUACCACAGUUGAGAUAAGGCUUUCUGGGAAACGUAUCCUGGUUGGGCAGCAUUCCAUUUACAAAUAGCAAUGUAUGCUCGGCAGCUGGCAGACUUUUUUUAAUACUCUAAGAAUCGUGGAUAUAUAAAGUCUCGUAAGAUUAUCCCUCAUGGCCACAUCUGCCCCCCGGUCAUCUGUGUUCACCUUUGAGUCUACAGUGCAUUCCUCCCAUGUGCUGCGCUGCCUGGACGAGCAGCGUCGGCGAGACACAAUGUGUGAUGUUACCGUGGUGGUGGAAGGUCAGAGUUUCAGAGCCCACCGCUCAAUUCUCGCUUCCUGCAGCGAGUACAUGAUGCACAGGAUCUCCUCGUUUUCACAGCACGGAGCGGUCAUCACCCUCCCCCAAGAGGUGACAGUUGCUGGCUUUGAACCUUUGCUGAAGUUUGCCUACACAUCCAAACUCAUCUUUGAGAAACACAAUGUCUUAGAAAUACGUAACUCCGCUUCCAUUCUCGGUUUCAACGACCUAGACAAGGCAUGCUUCGAUUUCCUCCUCCCCAAGUUCUUCUCCAGCAGCAAGAGCCCUGCCCCCGUUGCAAGAAAGACCUGUUGUAAAAAGAAAUGCAAGAGGCGACUCUCAAAGGAAGACGGUGCCAUCGACUCUGGCGACGUCUUGCUGUUUGAAAAAGAAGCAAAACCGGUUGCUGACUCACCAUCUCAGCAGGAAGUCACUGGCAGCCAAAUGGAAAGUCAGAAGGGUACAGGCACUCUCACAGUCGCGAUACAGUGUCCCAAGUAUCGCAAGUUCCAGCUGGCUUGUGGAAAGGAAACGUGUGUCCCCGAGAAAAGUCUAAACAAUCCUGUGAUCACAACAGUCAUCAAGAAUGACUGCGACCGCCCUUGCUCGCCCGCCUCCAGCGGUGCGACCAGCAAGAACGACGGUGAGCGGCCCGGUAACUCGCCCUUCAUUCCCACCUCCCAGGGCAAAGGGCCGGCCGAUGAGCCACGGAAAACUGAACAAGAAGGGGUCGGUAGGGGAGGGGAGGUCGACCCAAACGAGAGGCACAGACAAUGGAAUAAGAAGGAAAAAGUGAUGGAGAUGGAGGAAGGCAUCAGCUGUCCAGACACAUUCAAGGUAGUCCCGUCGGGGCGGAGCACAGGGCUGGAUGACAGGUCCUCAGGGUUGAUGUUGUACCACUGUCCCAUGGCAAACUUUGGCGAGUGUCCCGCGAUCACCAGGUCACCGGGGCACAAGAGGUUCUCGGUGGACGGUGCGGAGGGCCAGAAGGAAUCCCGUGCGCUGGCGUCAGCGCCCACUCAUCCAAAGGCAGAGGAUCAGGUAGAAGCUGAGCGGAGAUGGUCAGAUCACGACAUGAAAAUACAACAAACUGGCAGCAACCUGUGGGUAAAAAACAGUGGAGAGAGCCGUGAAAGAGACGCGUCCGAGCACCUGGCCAAGGAGCUGGUGUCCCACACGGGCUUAUUAUCUCAGCUGAAUUUCCAGGACCCUGAAGCGGGACGUUCCUCUGAUGCAGAGAACGGAAAGGUGCAGAACACGUCUCUGCAGUGGCUGAAAUGCCACAACCUCAGUUCCACGAGCUGUCCCUUUUACCAGGAGCUGGACCAAAGCAAGUGUUUGUGGAAGGGCGCAGAGGUGUCUGAGUGCGAAGGGGCGUCUCAAUCAGGUGUAUCUUCCCCUAACUCGGGGGACGAUGGAGACUCAGAGACAGAGACAGAAGGAGACAGCGAGUCCUACACAAGAGAGAGGGCCAGACAGGUGCGGUUGCCUUUCUCUGUAGAGUGGAUUGUGGAUCUGAACAGGAAUGACUUCCAACAGCUGCUGAAGCAACAGGUCUUUACACAGGAACAGCUGGAGUUUGUCCACGACAUGAGGCGACGUAGCAAGAACCGCCUCGCAGCUCAACGCUGCCGCAAGAGGAAACUGGAAUGCAUAAAUGAUCUGCAGUGUGAAAUCAACAAGCUGAAGACAGAGAGGGAGAAGCUAAUGAUGGAGAGGAGCCAUUUGAGCCAGCUGAGGUUGAAGACAUGUCACAGCGUCUCUGCAUUAUGCCAGAAAGUCUGCAACGAAGUCAACCUGAAGCCAGAUCAGCUCCAGGUGUUGGCCCAAUACACCUCCUCGGACUGCCCUCUGUCGUCUUUGUUUCCUCACGUAGAUUCAUUCGUUUCACAGCCUGACUCGCUACUCCAACCUCAGGCUUCACUCUCGGCCUGUUUUGGCCACCUCGAUAUGUACACGGCGGCUGAGGAGGCUCCGUCCAGCUCCACAACGGACACAGUUAAAGGUGAUGGUCAACGACCACUUUAAAUGCACAUUCGGCACACGUAAAUGCCACAAAUGAGUAGUUAUUAAACAUUCCCCCUCUGCAUCAGACAGUAUUUGUAGACGAGUACGUGCUGCAUUGUAAGGUAGUGGCAUACUUGCAAUGCAUUUAUAAUGAGAAGGCCAUAAUCUGCACAAAUUCUCAUCGGCUCUUGCUACCUUUUCAAUUUAAAACAUAUAACUUAAAUGAAAAAGUCAGGAAUGUAUUCCAGGCGUGAAAAACUUGUCAAUUUACUUUAUAGUCUCUGAUAACCUGCUGCAGCAAAUUUUUCACGUUUUUCAAAUGGAUUAUACUUAGUUUUCUGGUUAAAGCGGAACACAACCUGCUUACCAAUCAAGUCAGCCAGGGUGCAUGAUGAGAAUGUUACAAUUGUAAUCACAAGUCAUUGCAUACAUCAGGGAACAAAGGUACCUUUAUUUAUUAUGUGCAUCACUGUUUAAUUAUCUUGGGAUAAAACGCUUCCUCUUUAUACAUGUGUACUUUAAUUGUUGGAUUCUCAGGUGUCAAUAGGAAACUUCAGCACUCAAUACCUCUUGCAGACAGUGUUGUUUCUCCCUUUAGAGCAUUUUGCACUAAAACCAUACAACACAGCAACCAUAAUGUGCGAUGUUUACCUAAGGGCCGCGUGUCUGGCUGAGAUAUAUCAGACUGCAUUGUGGUCCUCUGACCACAGUGACACAGCUCUCCUUGUUUGCACACCCCUCUCAGAGCUCAGCAUUGACUCAACUAAACAGACCUCACAAAUUGACCUAAUGUGUUUUAAGUGCAGCCUGAAGAAAAUGCGUCUUAGCACAGCUAUCACACUGAACAGUAACAAAUCAGCUAUACUUUUAGCAGAAACGCUGCCUCUUUCAGUGGGAUGAAAAUCACAUUGAUGUGUAUAUUUUGUGUUUCCCGUAUUAUCAACAAUCAUGUUAAUUCAUUCUUUACUCAAUGUUUUGUAUUUGUUUGGACUUUUACCUAGAGCCUUUCCCCUGCUUUCCCAAGACUCAACUUUGCAACCUUUUCAUAAUCAAGUUUCACUGUAUCAUAUUUGCAUAUAUUAGUUUAUUUUCACCCAUGAUAAUCACAACAGUUCAAAUAUUAAAUUAGAAGUUUGUCAUUGAUUGUGUGAUGAAAUAGCGAGGGACCACUACGAUUUUUGAGUUUUUAGACGAUGACUUCAGAAGUGUUUUUUUCUGUUUGCUGAAGUUCAUCCACUCAGUGAAAUGGACGAUGAUGCUGGUGCGUAUUGCCCUCUAGUGGCACUUAAAGCUGUAUAGCACAUGCACAUUGUAGUUUUAUUACUUCUAAAGGACUACAUCUUUCUAUAAUGAUCUCAGAAUGGAUUCCUGCAUUUUUUUACAGCAAAUAAAAUGCUUCAAACUAUUAAA